AUGACUCGACUCGAAAAUGUUGAUAACGAAACCGGCAAUAUCGGCAUCGGAACUGCAAGCCAGCGAGUGCAAGCAGGACAGCUAGCCCCGCAGCUGCGGGCGCUCGGCAUUCUCUCCGUGCAACUGGACGGCGACCAGGCCGUGUCGCUCCGGCUGCAGCACGGCACCGAGCUGCGGAUCAACACGGAUGAAGAUGCAAGCACCUCCCGCACCCAACCCAACGCCGAGCUGCUGUCCGGCCUCGGCGGUAUCGGCCGCCUCCUCUCCGACGAUGGAGCCUCCACCAGUGCCGAGCCUCCCCGGGACAACUUCAAGAGCCCCAACACGGUCUGCCCGAUGGACAGCAAGCUGCCGCAGAGCAUACCCACUCCCACUUCGGACAGAUGCGAGUUCCCCUUCGGGAGCAUGACGCAGGCCCGGGUCAUACACCGGAAGGAGAACACUCUAGGCAUCCCAGGCCCCGCGACGGUCCGCCCACCGUCAGAGUUCCCCCGCCCCUCGACCUCAUUCGCGGGCCCGCCCCCGCCCUACCCCGCCAAGGCCACGCCCCCUAACGUGGCCAUGUCGUCACCGCUCCUGGUGAAUCUACUGCAGAACGAUGCCGCAGCCCCGGCGCCAAGGCCGAAGCUGCCCAAGCCGCAUACGGCCAAGCUGGACAGUCAAGACGGACAGAUGGAGCUAGCCGUCGGGCGCGCGCCGUUCGAGUACCGCGCGCCGCGGCCGCCGCUGCCGCUGCCGCGGCCGCCGGCCUCCCCGCCCCCGCCCCCACGCCGCGGCGCUGGGCUCCCCGCCCCGCCCCCGCCCCCGCCCGCCUCCCCGCGCCCCGCGCCGCGCGCGCCCCUCGCCGCGCACCCCGCGCACACCCCGCGCCGCGCCGCGCCCCAGCAGCGCCCGCCGCUGCACCAACACCAGCCCGUCUACAGGGCUCCGCUGACACCGGGCACGGUGGCGGCGGCGGCGGUGGGGGCCGGGCUCCGCCCCCGCUUCCCCUCGCCGAGCUACACGGCGGAGUUCACCCCCCCGCCCCCCUACAAGCAGUACCCGCGCCCGCGCCUGCAGCCCGUCACGCACGAGGACCUGCAGGCGCUGCUGCCGCCCUCCACCACCGCCAUGGACCAGAAGACGCAGUCCAGCUUCCAGGAGUUCCAACGUUACCAGCAGCAGUACAACGCGCGGCAGCGUGCCGCGUCGGCCAGCGCGCGCGCGUCCGGCGCCACCGCCGACUGGAACGAGCCCUACCGGGACUCGCUCGCGCUCUCGCUGCCCGACCUGCCCGACAUCGACCUGGACCAGCUGCAGCCCACGCUCGACGUGCUCGACGACUCCGCGCUCGCCUCCAUCUCCGACAACCUGCUCUACACCGAGGCGCGCGAGCAGCCCACCCCCGACGCGAUACUCCAGGAGAUCGCCGGACCCUUCAACGGGCCCUACGAGCCCCCCGCCAACCCUCCCAGCGUCCCCGGCGCGCCCAGCACCCCAGCGCGCCGCCGCCAGUGCCUUCUAAAGACGACAUGCCUCCGCCCCCGCGCCGCCCCCGACCCCGCGCCCUUCCGCUCCCCGCCCCCGCCCGCACCCGCGCGCCCCGCGCCCCGCCCCGCGCCGCCCGUCGCCACCGCCACCGUCGGCUCCCAGGCCACCGCCCGCGAGAUCGAGGAGCAGAGCAAGCAGUACCUGAUCAAGACCCUCAUGCGCGACGACGCCGACAUCCCGCCGCCCAAGGAGGACAAGAAGCCCGAGGAGCUCACCGUGGCCCAGUGCAAGCGCGAGGGCGGCGAGCCCGAGAUGUUCGGCAUCGCCAAGACCACGCCCAUCGAGGACGACUCGCGCCCGGACCCGCUCAAGUUCCGCAAGAAGGACCCGCUCGCCCAGAAGGGCGGGAAGCCGCGGACGACCGGCGCGAAGGAGAAGCCCGCCACGUUGAAGGACAAGAUCGUGCGCGACGCCAAGCCCGCGAAACCCCCCACCCCUCGCCCGGCCGCCACCCCCGAGGCGCCCCGGUCGCCGGGAGAAAAGGAAUCCAUCAAGCUGAGGCUCAAACUGGACAAGAACGAGCCCGUCGUCCAACCCGUAUACAAGGCGGACGUCAGCUUCACGAACCCGCGGCCCGGCGAGCCCGAGCUGCGCGUCCCGCCCCUCCACAUCUCCCUCCGGGGCAGGAACUCCGCCGUCAUCAAGAACUCCAAGAAGGAGAAGAAGAAGUUCGCCCCGGGGGACCUCCACAAGAAACUCAAGAUCAGGAAAAACUCGGAGUCGGACGACAAGCAUCGCCGGGAGGAGGAAACCCCCUCGAAGCCGGUCGAGCCCACUGAGAACUCCAAGGACGAGUAUCUCCACGUGAAGAGCAUAAAGCUCAACAACCACUACGAGGGCGACGCGAUAAAGACCGAGAUCCCCGGCGACAACAACGUCGUCUAUCGCAUGAAGACGAUAUCCAAAAACGCCCACAUAGUCACAAAGGACUACAAGCAUCUCAACAACAAAGUCCAAAGCUUAGACAGUCUGAAGAAGAAAAAGUCCAAACUGCUCACCGACAGCGGGAAAUCCAUGGAGAAGGACCGCGACAAAGAGUGGAAGAACGACAUGUUAGACAAAGAGGGGAAAUACGCCCAAAAUGAAGGCUACAGAGAGACGCCGAACAACCACGAGGUCAAGAAGAAGUUACCCGACAAGGACGCGAAAUGUGAUAAAACGGACGGCAAAGAGGAGCCGAACAGUGAGAGUGUUAGUGGUGCUAGUGAGUUGGAGAGUAGGUUGCUCAAGUGUCAUAAGGAGCGGACGCUCAGUGCGGACGACAGUGCGGACAAGUGCGCCGACGACAAUAAGCUCAAACGGACUGUGGACGGCGUUGUCUCGCCCAACGGCCUCAUCAGCGAGAAGAAGAGGAAAAUUAGCCAUAGUUCCUGUCCAGAGCCGGUGGGGUCCACCAACGUGGGCACCGUGCGCGUGUCCCCGCCGCGCGCCGCCGCCUCGCCGCCGCGCCGCCGCGAGCGCCCCAAGGACAAGUCCUACUGCAAGCUCGUCGCCGAGCGCGCGCGCCACGCCUCCAACACCGACCGGCAAGACCGCCCCGACGACAAGUUCGUCCCGCGCUCCCCGGGGCAGGCCCAGGGCGAGGACUCCGGCAUAGAAUCCAUGGACGCCUUAUCAGAGAAAUCCCCCAACCAAGCCAGCCAGAGCCCUCCAGGCCCGCAGCGGAAGGAACGACUCGACAUGCCGCGCUCCACCUCCCCUACCUCCGUGCAUCGCAUCAUAGGCGUCCCGCCGCCCGCCUCCGACGAACUCCUAGAGAGGCUAGCCUUAACGGCACCUCCGAGGUACGAACCGCCGCCCGAUCUAGACGAUCUGGGCGAUAUAGAGGCGGAGCUAGCCAAAAUGCACGGCGAUCAUGACCAACCUUCACCAAAAGUUAACGGCGAUGACGCGCCGCGCAGACCGCCAGAUCCACCUCGACCUCCUACCCCUAUUCGACGCGACCCUGACCCUGAACCGCAGCCAGAGGAAGUUAAAGAGGAGCCCAAGAAGGAGAAAGUAGACGAUUUCGAUCCCCUCCCGAGCAGGGUCAGCCCGCCGCUAUAUACGUACUCUAACCAGGAGAAAGGCGCGACGGAAGAAGUCAAAGAGGAAAAACCUGUCGCCGAAAACGGCGAGACCUCCGAGGAACAUAAAGAACCGGACCCUAAAUUGGAAAGGCUGCCCAUGAAAGCGGACUUCCCCGAUAAAAGUUUACUGGAGCAACUUCUCAUAGAGAUUCCCACUCCGGACUACGUCGCAAAAAGGCCUGAAUCCCCGUCUCCUUCUGCGUUAGAGAGGGUGGCCAGGAGUAGCGUCCGGACGAGAUCCAGUAGCAAAAUGAACAGCCCUGCCGACGGGCCCAAAACGCCCCGUCUCAGCCCCGGGAUACCCAAACUAGAAACGAGAUCCGACUCCCCCGCUCUUCAGAAUCCCCCCCGCAACUGCCUCAGAAGCGGCUCAGUGGAUAAAACCAGUCCUAAAACUGUUACUGCUGUAGCUACGGUGCCGGUGAAACCGGCCCCCGGAGCGAAACGGAAGCGAAGAGAGUCCGAAAGCUCCUGCGCGAGCACAAUCAGUUGCGAAGAAGGUUUAUCGCCGGCCGGGAGACCUAAGAAGAAGCCUCGUCGCGUCGACGGGGUUAAACAGCCGGGGACCGAAGGUCCGAAGGAGGGUCGGAAAAAGGAUUCGGACAGCGAUAGCGACGAGCCUCUGAUCUGUAAAGUGCGGGGGAAGACGCCCGCCAAGGUGGUGAGCCAGAAAGUGGUGAAGGGUGUGAAGGGGCCGGUGGAGGGUGUGAAGGCGGAGGGCAAGGGCGCGGUCGCGGGCGCGGAGGGCGUGAACACGCGGCGCUCGGGCCGCCAGGCGCCCGGCGCGCCGCCCAUGACGCCAGAGACGCCUGCUAGGAGGAAAACCAGGAGUGCCGUGGAGCCGGGCCCUGCGGCGGCAGCGGCGGUGGUGCGCCGGCGCCGCACGUCGCGCGACGGCAAGUGACGGCGGCGGCGCGCGGAGCCCCGCCCCGCGCUCGCGCCCCCGCCCCCCGCCCUGCUGCUGCUCCCCGCCGACUGACCGCACACGCCGUGAGCUGGCUUAUACUGUAUACGUGGCGCCAGUGACGUCGUACAUACCCGCGCAACGUGACCUGCGCCUGUGAGUCAGUCACGUCAUAUGAUACCCAUCUCGGUCUACCCGUGCGACUGGUGACCUAUGGCUGUGAACUAGCUUAUACUUGUGUAUAGGUAUCGCAGCGAGCUUGACUUCAUGUGGCGAGAUAAAACUCCAGAGAACGCUGAAGACAGUAGAGACCUGAGCUAGCUUAUACUGUAUAGGUAUCGCAGCGAGAGUCGUCAAAUGAUACGCAUCUAGGUCUACUCGUGCGACUGGUGACCUGUGGCUGUGAGCUAGCUUAUACUUGUGGAAUACGGCUCCUGCAGUCUGACCACACACCCUGACAGAUAUUGCCGUGAACUAGCUUAUACUGUAUAGGUAUCGGAGAGUCAUAACACAUCUAUUCGGGUCUGGCGAGAUACCACACCAACCGUUGAAGAUAAAAGAGCCGUGAAAUAGCUUAUACUUAGGUAUUGCAGCGUGAUGUCAUAGAUACCCACCUCAGUCUACCCAUGGACAGCAUCGGAGGAUGAAACCUUCACGGAAGUGCCGGGAGCUAGCUUAUACUUAUUUAUCUUAAAAUCGUAAGGAGUACUUGUCGCAGUAAAAAACGAAUGACACCCAUGGUUUACCCGAGCAGUGACCCACCAUCGGAAGUGACCUUACCGUGAGCUCUCGAUUAUAUUGUAUUGGUGUCGGCAUAGUGCAUACAGACUUAUGUGACUACUACCAUUUUUAAAUUUCGAAAAUAUAACAGCUGUAUAUUUAGUUCCGGCCCGCUAGAUGGCAUCAGAGUAUAGCCUCCGAUGUAUUUGUAUUUUGGUUUUAAACUGAAUUGCUCUGUCUUUAAAUUAAAUUUGUACUAGAAGUACUAGAAGUUUAGAGUCCAUACUUGAUUGACCUAACUCGAAAGUAUUCGCUAUCCAAUGAAUAGAAUACCAUUUGAGUUUAAAACCAAAAUAUUACACAAGUGUUGUAAACCGGCUCGCGACAUAGACAGUACGAAACCAGAAAGAUGAUUACAAAAUUUAACUGUCAGUCUGAAGACACUUAAGUCGUUUUUAAGAGGGUCAAGCGAUACUGUGCAUACACGGUGUGCCUUCAAAGCGGUAUGCGUGAUGAGUGGUUCUAUUCGUUUGUUGUUCUAUUUUCAAAAUUAUCUUAGCUCUGUGACGUUCUCUAGCAAAAGGUACCACACUCCGCUGCCAUAACGCUCUCAGAGCAUCUGUGGUCGUGCUUGUAUCUUUAUACUAGUGAUCAUGAGUCGUGUUCAAGCGUCAAUAUGGUACCUUCUGCUUGAUAACGUCAUAAUUAACCAGUUUGCGCGUGUUAAGUUUCGAUUUAUCGAAUCUCGAUUAAGGUGUACAUCGGGUGGUGUGCGUGCUUAUUGUUAGUAAUCGUGCAAUAACGGUCUGAGGCGAGCUAGCGUAGUCUAUUCAGUGUGAAUGUCUGUGGUCUUGCCGCGGUUCCAUACAAGUAUGUAAGGAAUAUAUUCGAUGAUAACGCAGACAUAUUUGCAGAAGGUAGCCGAUCUUUUUUAAUCCAAUACGGGCAAUCGUGAUCAAACAGAGUAUGGGCACAAAGGUCUAAACGCGAUGCCAGACAUAUUUGAAACUAAACGGUACUUGUUGCCAGUUACUGGCACACAAAGUGUUAAAAUGGGUUGGGUUUAUGUAACUGCUCCAUGCAAACUUCCACCCCCCAUUUUAGGGAAGUGGGAAGUUAGAAAGAGAUAAAAAGUAGCCUAUGUCACUCUCCAUCCUUUCAACUAUUUCCACUUAAAAAAUCCCGACAAUUCGUCGCUCCGUUUUGCCGAGAAGGACGGACAAACAAACAGACACACACACUUUCCCAUUUAUAAUAUUAGUAUGGAUUAUUUUAGGAAUUGCUUUAAGAAUGUUCAGAUAUUUGAUGGCGAUUGCCCUAGACUCUUUCUAAGCAAACUUUACAUCGGCUUGACAGCGACCAAGUGUGGCAGAGCCCCUGUAAAUUUCAUUGAAAUUUUCUUUGAAAGUCUAGAAACUUAGAUUCGAACGAAAUGGAUUUUUUUUGAUACUACGUUGUUGGCAUGCAAGCAUACUAGCCGCCCAAUGGUAAUCAAUUAGCUACCAUCAGGGGCCCAUUUCUCGAAGCUACAAGUUACAAUUUACAAGUGGUUGUCACUGUCUAGGGCCUAUUGCAUAACAAUUUACAACUGAUAUUACAAGCGGUA